CAUCUUCCAUAUAAAAAACUCAAAACCACGAGGCAACGGUAUAGAAUUUCCCCUAAAUCUACACCCCACCAAAAGCAAGAUAAACAAGAACAAAAACAGACGUCUACAUUGGUGUCAGAAAUAGACCAUAUCAGUCAACAUCUUGAAGGAUGUAGCUACCCCAAUCUCAAUUUCUCAGUAUUCUAAUACUCUACCCUCUACAUUCCCCCACCAUACUACUCCGUAUACUUCAUUAUUUAAUCUCUGAAAAAUCUCCACAUUUCUUUCUUUCUUUCUUUGACAAAGACUGAUUAUUCAUUAUACAAACACUACUUUCACUUUAAAUUUUCCAUUAAUAAUCAUCUGUUCCACUUUUUUUUUCCCCAGAUUUCAGUAUAUUCACACUACAAUUUCUUUGAACUUAUCCAACUUUCAGUUGUCCUAGGCUAUUUUCAUAGAUCUUCAAGAAGUUCAAAAACAUUAGUCUUUUAUUUCUGGGGUUUUAGAGAAGUGAACAUUGACCUAUAAUGGGGGGCUAUGAAUCUGAGCUUCCUGCAAGAAAUGCAGAAGGUGACCUUGUUGCUGCUGCACAGCAUAUUGUUGCAGCAUUAGGGACUAAAAAGAUUUUGUCUCAGGAUGAGAGGAAAAUCUUGGUUGAUCUUCGAACCCGAUUGACUGCAAUGUCUAUGGUUGAUGAUUCAAAGGUUAUUGAGUCUCCAACUAAGGGGGUUAGUGAGACUGAAGAGUAUCUUAAUAUAGUCUCGGAGAAGAUAACGAAUCGUGUAUCGGAUGAGACGAUGAUAUGGGAUAUGGGUCCGGAGGAUGCUUCUGAGUACCUAAAGGCGGUUGAUGAGGCGCGUGUUUUGACUGAAAAUUUGGAGAAUUUGUGUUUGAAUAAGGAUGAUGAGGAAGUGGAGCUAUUAAGGAAAGCUCAUGAUGUGCUUCAGACUGCAAUGGCUAGACUUGAAGAAGAGUUUGGGCAUAUAAUUGUGCAGCAUAGCCAACCUUUUGAACCGGAGCACAAGUCUUUCCGCUCUAGUGAGAGGGGUGAUUUGGUUGGUAGCCCGAUUUCCUUGGAGGAUGAUCCACUAGAGGAUUCACUUCAAAGAGAGUCUGUUGGCAAAAACUUGGAGGAUUACAUUGUUGAUUUAGUGCACCCAGAUGUGAUUCCGGACCUAAAGUGUAUUGCAAACAUGAUGUUUAUUUCUAAUUAUGACCAUGAGUGCUCCCAGGCUUAUGUUAAUGCAAGAAAACAUGCCCUUAGUAGAUGUCUCUUUGUUCUUGAAGUCGAGCCACUAAGCAUUGAUGAUGUACUUAAGAUGGAGUGGGGCAGCUUGGAUUCUCAAAUCAAGAGAUGGGUUUGGGCCUUGAAAAUCUUUGUAAGGGGAUAUCUUGCAAGUGAGAAAAGGUUAUGCGACGACAUCUUUGGGGAGUUUGGCUCGUUGAGCUCUCUGUGCUUCACCGACUCAUCUAAAGCUUCAGUUAUGCAGCUACUAAGUUUUGGGGAUGCUGUGGCUGUGAGCCCAAGGCAACCUGAGAAAUUGUUUCGUAUCCUUGAUAUGUACGAGGUUCUAGCAGAACUGCAUCCUGAUAUUAAUUCUUUGUAUGCGGAUCAGGCUAUUAGGGAUGAGUUCUGUGAAGUUUUGAGGAGAUUAGGUGAUGCAGUGAGGGCGACUUUUCUUGAAUUUAGGAAUGCUAUUGCUAACAAUGCAUCAGUCAAUCCUUUUGCCGGGGGUGGGACUCACCAUCUUACCAGGUACGUCAUGAACUACCUGAGGCUCCUCACUGAUUACAAAGACACUCUAAAUCAAAUUCUUGAAGAUGCUGAAAGAGAGGAAUCUCUUUCUCCCAUGGCUGAUUCUGUUGCAUUUGGAGAUGAGGUGAACCAAUUCGAUAGCACUUGCAAUGCUACUCCGAUGGCUUUCCAUUUCCGAUCCCUCACUUCAGCCCUCAUAGCUAAUAUAGAUGAAAAGUCAAAAUUGUACAAGGAUCCUGCUUUACAGCAUUUCUUUCUCAUGAACAAUAUUUAUUACAUUGCACAAAAAGUGAAACAUUCUGAGCUUAGAGAUAUAUUUGGGGAUGACUGGAUCAAAAGGCAUAAUGGGAAAUUUCAGCAGCAAGCUAUGAAUUAUGAAAGAGCUACCUGGAGCUUCAUCCUCUCCCUUCUCAAAGAUGAUGGAAGUGAGAACUCUGGAUCGAAUUCAAGCAUAAAAAAUGUUCUGAAAGAAAGGUUGAGGAGCUUCUAUGCUUCCUUUGAGGAGGUCUAUAGGAAUCAAACUGGAUGGCUGGUCAGGGAUCCCCAGCUUCAGGAAGAUUUGCGCAUUUCAACAUCGCUUAAGGUAAUCCAAGCAUACCGAACCUUUGUGGGACGACACAGCAACGAAAUCAGUGACAAGUACAUAAAGUACACUGCUGAUGAUUUGGAAAAUUAUAUACUAGAUUUGUUCAGUGGAUCUCAAAGGUCAUUGAAUAAUAUCUGUAGAAGAUGAUCUGUUCGCUAUUUAGAACGGAGCAUCAGUAAGCUGUAAUAUUCGCUUUUCUGAUUUUGUUUUCAAGUUCUCUACAUAUAUAAUGGUUGAAUCUCGUUUUUUCACGUCUCUGUAUUCAAACUUUGUACAAUAUGUGGCAAUUAUGUAAAGCAGAUGGUUUUGGUAUGGCAAAUGUCAAGAAUUGAGAUAUA